ACGCUCAUUACAACAUGUCACCCAUUUUGGUGUUGCAUUGUAUCGCUAUAUUUGGUACAACUUUGGUUUCUGCUUUUGUUGUGAAGUGGCUUCCAAACUCAAGCUUCAAGUUACCAAAAAACUUUAAAGACGGGAAACUUCCCUGCUCUAAGCAAACCGUCGUGUUUCCACAAACGAUUGUUGGUUCAAUCAAAAUUGCAUCCGGCACCGAAGUCGGCGGAUUCAUUUUACCAGAAGAAGGAGAAUUGAUUCUAGAUGGCUCGUUAACCUUGGGAAGCAACUCUGCUGACACCAAUUGUACUGAAGGGAAUUCUUAUUACCUGGACGUGAGUUACUCUUUAUGGAGACAAGCUGAUGUUUGGAGCUCACCAAAAUUCAACCAGGCCACUCCUGACUCCGACAGGAUUCCAUGCUACAACGAUGAAGUUGAAUUCCCAACCGAUGCGAAGUAUACAGUGGAGCUGCCUACAAGGCCUCAGUAUGUAAAAGCUCUCAGAAUCGGAAACAAAAGUUACACCAGUGACGAACUAGUGCUACGUAUUAAUGCGCAAUCAGAUGAACAACAACAAUUCGUUUUUAACAAGUUUAUGAGUACCGGUAUUAGAAUUAAACAACACAUGUCUUGUUCCCAAUUCGGUUGCCCCUGCCAAAUGGUUCCUCUGAAAAUUGACUGUUCAACAAAGUUUUGUCCGAAACCAUCCUGUGUGAGUCCUGUCAAGCCUUAUGGAUUUUGUUGUGAUAUUUGUGGCGGUUACGUUGUUUUUAAUCCAGAUCAAGGUUUUGAUUUGAAAGCUUUUAAUGACCUUGUCGAUAAUACUGUGCAGGCUUAUGAUAAAAAUUCAGUGGAAUAUUAUAUAGGGUUUACUCCGGAAAUUCCGCUAAGCAGGAUCCAACUCGUAAUAGUCGAUAAAGGUGUUUACGAAGGCUCUAGUGCGGAAAUCAUCAAUUCUAUUAGCUAUGCAAUCCACGCCCAUUGGGUCAGGGGGCAAAAGGUUGCCGAGAUAAGCGGCAGCCCUUUAGACAAAUCGGGUUUGGGCGGCAAAAUCUUUGUAUCCAUGUUUUUCGCAGUGGUUUUGAGUUUAGGGGCGUUGUACGUGUACUAUUAUAAGAUUCCGGAUCUUAGAUUUCCAAUUUUCUCUCCGAAUGGCAUGGAAAAUAUAUUGUCGAGGUAUCAAAGGCGGUCAGAUAGUAUCGUGAGCCUAACCAGAAGAGACUCAGUUAUCAGUGGAACCUCUCGGGGCAGUACUGCGUUUAGAAACCCUCUGUAUAGUUCUAAAAGAGGGCGUGUGGAGGUGGUGGAGUCUGUGGUCGAGGACUAAUUGGUUUUUUAUUACACAUAUUAUGAAAUUAAAAUUAAAAUUGUAUGAGAAAAAUAUUUAGUAACCAUUUUAAAUAACAGCCACACUUUUGUAAAUUGUCUCCUUCAUUUUUUGAUGAAAACCUAUUAAUGUUAUCAAUAAAUAAAUGACAAAAGAGACAUGAGUUUCAUUUGACCAUAUUAAAAUGUCCUAUCCACAAACCUCCUACAACUUUGUGCUUACAAACCUAGCAAUCAAACAUAAACUGUGAUAAUAAUUACCUACGUAAAAUGUAUGAUAAAACUUCUAAUUACAAGUAAUGAUCCGUCUGUAAUCAGGAGACCGCCCGCGCUGCUCGGCGGGGCGUUGCCGCUGCCGCGCGUACCUAGUACUACGCUAUGCAUGAUUUAUGUCGCUAACUGAAGCGCUUCUUGUAGUCUCAAGUAUUUUCGGAUGGCUUUAUUUGGUGAGUUGAAGAGUAGUGGGAUGCUUAAGCCUAUCGUUGAAAAUGUUAGAAACUAUUAGGUGGUCCGUUUAGAUCAUUUAUUGUAUGU